AUGGCUCUGCGGCCACUGGCUGAGGCCGGCCCCCACGACAAGGUGUGCUACCCUUCCGAGAGUUUCCAGAACACCCCGCAGCCCCUGGCCGCCUACUACACGCCUUUCCUCAACUAUGACCACUAUGGAGGCGCCUUCGCCACGGCCGAGGGGGACUUCCAGGCGUUCGGGCACCUGGAGCCCGAGCUGUCGGGGGCCCACGCCAUGCUCCCCUUUGCCUUCGGGGCGACAGCACCCCUGCUCAGUCCGGGCCUGGCCCUGCAGUCCGACUCCUUCUACGAUCUGCCCAGGUACUCCAAGCUGCCCCCGUGGUACCCAAUUCCCCACCUCCCCAGGGAGGUGCCGCAGUUCCUGAACAGCGAGUGCGCAGGAGCCAGCACUGACAACUUCGGGCACUACGGUGGCCAAAGCCAGAGCCCUCCGCGGUACGAACCCGAGACCUCAGCCCCCCAACCCCCUGCGGAUGCUUCCCUGCCACCUGAAGGCCCCACCACCUCCCAGUUAUCCUGUACCCCAAACAAGCAACCUGAAGACGUCCCCAAAGCGCAGAGCCCGGAGAGGAACUCGCCUCAUCGCUACCACUUCACAGAGAAGGACCUGAACUUGGUUCUCUAUGGGGUCAUCCCCAGAUUGGAGCACCCCGUCGGACUGCACCAUGCACUUUCGGGCGUUGUGGUCCCCACAGGUAGAUCUAGAUCUAAUUCUCUUUCUCAAAGUCUGGAUGAAGACUCCCUUCAACUACCGGAAGGUCUCUGUCUUCUGCAGACAAUGUUUGGUGGAGCCCCACAUUAUGGCGUCUUCUGUAAUAGGCAUAUCGCUAAAGGGGUCAGGUUUGGGCCCUUUCAAGGCAAAGUGAUAAACGCCAGUGAAGUUAAGACCUACAGCGACAAUUCUCUGAUGUGGGAGAUUUUUGAAGAUGGUUAUCUGAGCCAUUUUGUAGACGGAAAAGGAAGCGCAGGGAACUGGAUGUCCUAUGUCAACUGUGCCCGGUUCCCCAGGGAGCAGAACCUUGUGGCUGUGCAAUGUAAAGGACAGAUAUUUUAUGAGAGCUGCAAGGACAUCUAUCAAAACCAGGAGCUCCUUGUGUGGUACGGAGACUGCUAUGACAAGUUUCUGGACAUCCCCGUGAGCCUUCAGUCCACAAAGCAGGGCUCGCAGCUGUAUGAACCCACUGAAGAGUCUGCGGAAGGUUACAAGUGCGAACGAUGUGGCAAAGUGUUCACCUACAGAUAUUACCGAGAUAAGCACCUCAAGUACACCUCCUGCGUGGACACAGGUGACCGGAAGUUUCCCUGCCACCUCUGCAAGCGGUCCUUUGAGAAGCAGGACCGCCUCCGCAUCCAUGUGCUCCAUGUUCACGAGAAGCACCGGCCUCACAAGUGUUCUACAUGUGGGAAGUGUUUCUCUCAGUCUUCCAGCCUAAGCAAGCACAUGAGAAUCCACUCUGGGGACAGACCUUACCAGUGUGUGUACUGUACAAAGAAAUUCACUGCCUCCAGCAUCCUCCGCACACAUAUUAGGCAGCACUCUGGGGAGAAGCCUUUCAAGUGCAAGCACUGUGGUAAAUCGUUUGCAUCCCAUGCGGCUCAUGACAGCCACGUCCGACGCACACACAAGAACGACAGUGACUGCUAUGUCUGUGGAAAAAUCUCACCCCAAGAUCUUUACUCCCACAUGAAGUUUCAUGAGUUCUCAAAGAGUUUUUGGAGCAAUAUGAAAACUAGCACGAGGAUUUUGUUUCUUGUUAUGUUGUAUCAUAAGAGUAAUAUUGACAUGGAAAAUAAUGGAGCUAACCCAUUUGCUGAGCUGACUAUACUGGUUGACUAUGGUUUGAAAAAUUUUUACAAAAAUGUUUUCCCAACUUUUAAGUAG